CAUUUUCAAUAGAAGAAGAGAGAGCAGCAGUAGCGGAAGAUAGUAGCUAGCUAGCUAGCUGUGUUGCUAGCUGAACCAACCCUUGGAUCGUAGAUUAUGUCAUUAUAAAGUCAGUGGUAUUGCGAAGAUCCGUUAGUUGUCUAUGCAGUUUCUCGUGACGUUCUAGAAGUUGUUCGAGUGUUUUCACUAAUUGGUGGAGCUUAAUCUAGCUAAUUAGGUAGCUAGCUAGGUUAGCUAACGCUAUAGAAGCGGGUCCUAGCUAUGGCCGGGAGUAGCAUAGCACAGAAGACUUGGGAGCUAUCAAAUAGCAUUCAAGAAGUUCAGAGUAUUGAUGAAAUAUAUAAAUAUGACAAAAAGCAGCAACAAGAAAUACUUGCUGCCAAACCCUGGACAAAAGAUCAUCAUUACUUCAAAUACUGCAAAAUAUCAGCGUUGGCACUUUUAAAAAUGGUAAUGCAUGCUCGGUCCGGUGGAAACUUGGAGGUGAUGGGUCUGAUGCUUGGCAAGGUGGACGGGGAGACCAUGAUGAUCAUGGACAGCUUUGCCUUGCCCGUGGAAGGCACCGAAACUCGCGUCAACGCUCAGGCUGCUGCAUACGAAUACAUGGCAGCUUACAUAGAGAACGCAAAACAGGUAGGGCGUUUGGAGAACGCCAUCGGAUGGUACCACAGUCACCCCGGCUACGGCUGCUGGCUCUCGGGUAUUGAUGUCAGCACGCAGAUGCUCAAUCAGCAGUUUCAGGAACCCUUUGUGGCAGUGGUGAUUGAUCCUACCCGCACCAUAUCUGCUGGAAAAGUGAAUCUUGGAGCCUUCAGGACCUAUCCCAAGGGGUACAAACCCCCAGAUGAAGGUCCAUCAGAGUACCAGACAAUACCACUGAAUAAGAUCGAAGACUUUGGCGUGCACUGCAAACAGUACUAUGCACUAGAGGUGACUUAUUUCAAAUCCUCUCUGGACCGCAAAUUACUCGAGCUCCUCUGGAAUAAAUAUUGGGUUAACACCUUGAGUUCUUCAAGUCUACUGACUAAUGCGGACUACACCACCGGGCAGGUGUUUGACCUGUCAGAAAAGCUGGAGCAGGCAGAGGCUCAACUGGGCAGGGGCAGUUUCAUGCUUGGUUUGGACACACAUGACAGGAAGUCAGAGGACAAGCUGGCCAAGGCAACACGAGACAGCUGCAAAACAACUAUUGAAGCGAUUCAUGGUUUGAUGUCCCAAGUCAUCAAAGAUAAACUCUUCAAUCAAGUAAACACAUCUGCCAACUAACAAAAAAAAAAAAAAAAAAAAAAAAAAAAAAA